GUUUCACAGCUUCAUUCUUUGCGAUUUAAAGUUAACAUAGUGUAGUAGCACCCCCAAGCAUCAGCCUUGCACGGUUUUUAGAGUCUUGUACUGGCAACAUUUAAAAAAGAAAAAGUUACCCCUUCCACUACCCCCACCUGGCGACGGUAGGAACCGCCACUUUUACUUCAUUAUUCAUUCCCGUGCUCAAGCCUUCGCACGUGUACCUUCCACUUUAAACAUGGGGAAACGGAAGAACGAAGAGGAGGAGAUUAGGAGAAAAAUUAAGAAACUAGAAUCAAAAUUGCUACGACGGACACGUGGCCGAUCAAGAAUUAUUUAUUCCUCAGAUUCUAGUGAAACAGACGACGACAUGAUAGUCGAUUCUGAAGCACGUCAAGAACGAAGCUUGUCGCCGCGUGGUCACGUGGCCUCGCCGCCGCCGCCUUGCGCCGCAGCGCCGACGCCAACACCAGUACGAGACCCGCCACAACAACCAUUGUCCCAGCCCCCGACGCAACAAGAGCCGCCGCUACCAGCCUCUCCGCGCCCAGGCCCGUCGUCUGCUCCAGAUCUACCAGAAACUCAACCACAGGUACUUUCGUCGUCCCCUAAGGAUCAAGAACUCGGUGACGACAUCUUGCUAAUGCUAGGCGAUGCUCCAAAACCAGAACUGGCGUUAGGUGACAGCAUACAUAAGGAUGUGGCCAGUAGGUGGCAUGAAAUCUUACUAAAAGGUUUACAAAAGGAGGUUAAAGAAAAGCUUUUUCAAGAGUACCUCGUGCCCAGCAAUUGUGACCUCUUAGUUGCACCUACACUUAACGCCGAGGCUAAAGCGGCAUUAACAGAUAAUUUAAUAAAAAGAGAUCAUGCCAUAAUGGAAAAACAGAAACAAUUAGGAAUUGCUUUGUCAGCACUCGCGCAGGCCAUGGAUUUAUUGCUUAAACCAGAUGCAUCUGCUCAAAAUAUUUUGAAACCAGUCAGUGAUGCUUGUCGUAUCUUGUGCGAUAGCCACUAUUUAGAAACAAAGACACGUCGCUACUUUGUGGCUUCGUCAAUUAACACCGAUCUUAAAGAAACGCUUACUAAUACAGUUAGAGACGGUUUCCUCUUCGGAGAUAAUAUAACUGACAAAUUAAAAGUCGCCCAAUCUGUUCAAAAGUCUGGUGAAACAUUAAAACAUACGCCAAAACCGUUAAAUAAUCGUUUUAAUAAAAAUAAUUUUGUAUUUAACAAAAAGUCGCACAAAAACAAUUUAAACUUCAAACCCCUGCAUCAAAGGAGGCAGAGCAAGCCAGAUGCAGGGCACUACCGACCGUCGCCGCGCUCCAGCCGCCCGAGCGGCGCCCGCGCCCCGCGCCGCCCGAGCUCGCCGCGCCGCCGCAGCUACCGGAGCUACAGGAGAUAGCUGAACACGAGGUACGUUAUGCAGGACGAUUACGAAACUAUACCCAUAAAUGGGCACAAAUCACUUCGGAUCCUACGAUCCUUCAAUGGACCCAAGGGUAUAAAAUUCCUUUUACUUCUGUGCCAACCAGAAGAGAUUGUCCUGCUGUUUAUUCCAAGACAAGAUCGGAACGAUCUGAGUAUGAAAAAGCUAUCAAUAAGCUUUUAGAAAUUAAUGCCAUUUCAAUGUGUGAGCAUGAUCCCGACGAAUUCAUUUCUAGUAUUUUUCUUGUACCUAAACCAAAUGGCGAGAAAAGGUUCAUUCUAAAUUUAAAAUGCCUCAAUAAGUUUAUCGAAACUCGCCAUUUUAAAAUGGAAGACUAUAGAACUGCGUCUAAAUUGAUAACUCAGGAUUGUUAUAUGGCUUCUAUUGAUAUUAAAGAUGCCUAUCUUUUGAUUCCUAUAUAUAAACCACAUAGAAAAUACCUACGGUUUAUGUUCAACGAUACUUUAUUUGAGUUCAAUUCUCUCGCGUUUGGUUUAUGUACCUCGCCGUACGUUUUCACAAAAAUGCUAAAACCUAUAGUCGAGUACUUAAGACUACACAACUAUCUAUCGUGUAUAUAUCUGGAUGAUAUAUUAUGUGUGGGUAGAACUCGUGAUGAAUGUCUUGCAAAUGUCACUGCAUCCAAAUCUUUAUUAGAAGAUUUAGGAUUUAUUAUUAAUAGCGAAAAAAGUUGCUUUACGCCAAGUACAAAAUGUAAAUUUUUAGGAUUUGUGUUUGACUCGCAAAGAAUGACGUUAACGUUACCUGACUCAAAAAGAGACAAAAUAAAAGAUAAGCUUACGACAUUUAUCCGAAUCUAUAAAUGUAAAUUACGCGAAUUUGCUAGAUUAAUUGGUCUUUUAAUAUCUGUCUGCCCUGCUAUACAAUAUUCUUGGUUAUACACUAAGCUUUUAGAACGUCAUAAAUAUCUUUGUUUACUUAAACAUUCUAGCUAUCAAGCUACAAUCACAAUAUCACCUGAAAUAAAAGAUGACUUGUGUUGGUGGAUUCAAAAUAUUGACAACGGCUUUUGUCCGUUCAGAUUUAACAAAUUCCACUUAGAAAUAUUUUCUGAUGCAUCAAGAUCUGGCUGGGGAGCAUACUGUAAUAAUCAAAAAGCUUAUGGUUACUGGAAAGAGAGUGAACGUUUGUUACAUAUUAAUGAAUUAGAGUUAAAUGCAGCUUUUUUGGCUUUAAAGACGUUUGCAAACCAAGUUCAUAAUUGCGAAAUUCUUUUAAGAAUCGAUAAUGUUACCGCCAUCGCUUGCAUAAACAGAAUGGGCAGCGUCCAAUUUCCUCACUUAAAUCGUAUUACAAGGGAAAUCUGGCAGUGGUGUGAAAGGCGUAAAAUUAUAAUAUUCGCGUCAUAUAUCAAUACUAAGGAAAACUAUGAAGCUGACAAAUUAUCGCGUACUAAAUUUUCUGACACCGAAUGGGAACUAAGUAACAAUGCAUUCGUAAAAAUAAAACAAACUUUUGGUAUGCCUGAGGUCGAUUUAUUUGCAAGCCGUUGUAAUACUAAGUGUCCUCUAUACGUUACCUGGAGGAACGACCCAGAUGCGUGGACGAUCGACGCUUUUACAUUUUCCUGGAAAAAUAUUAAUUUUUACGCCUUUCCACCAUUCUCAUUAAUUUUAAAGGUCAUACAAAAAAUCAUUAAUGAUAAAGCCGAGGGUAUACUUGUCGUUCCAAACUGGCCCACACAGCCAUGGUUCCCUCUGUAUUCGAAAUUAUUA